AUGCCGACUUCGUGGCUGGUUUUAGUCGGCAUCGUUACCCUGCUACUGACUGUCGUUCUCACCCGGAAGAAGAACGGCGCGCUGCCCCCAGGACCAAAACCUUUCCCGAUAGUCGGAAACGUCCUCGAUCUCACCGCACGAGAGCUGUGGUUGCGGGCCACCCAGUGGGCAAAGUCUUACGGCAAUGUCGUAUAUUUACAUGUCUUCGGCCAAGGCCUCCUCUUCUUGAAUACAUAUGAGGCUGCUAUCGACCUGCUCGAGAAGAAGGGGUCCAUAUAUUCGGACAAGCCCGCCCUAGUGAUGGCUGGCGAGCUGUGCGGAUGCGACAACAUGGUUGCCUUCACUCGCUACGGGGAGAAGUCUCGCAGGCAGCGUCGGCUCAUGCAGAAGGCCCUCGGCCCCGGCGCGAUUCCCGCAUACCACCCCUUGCUCGAGAUCGAGACCCAGGCACUACUCAGGCGCCUACUCGACGACUCCGGCAACUACGAGAGCCAUAUCCGCAGAUACGCAGGAAGCUUGACGCUGCUGGUCGUCUACGGCUACCGCGUGACGGCGAACGAUGACCCGUUCCUGAACCUAGCUGAAGAAUGCGUGGACAUCCUGUCAAACCACAUUGCCUCCGGUGGCGGGAUCUGGCCUGUGGAUAUUUUCCCCUUCUUGAAGCACCUGCCGUUAUGGUUCCCGGGGGCGGGUUUCAGGCGGAAGGCCAUCCAAUGGAAGGCCAAGAUGGAGGAGUUCACGAACAAGCCGUUUGAGCUGGUGAAAGCUCGCAUGGAGGACGGAACGGCUGUGCCGUCGUUCUGCUCAACACUCUUGGAUCAGAUGGGGGAUAAGGAAGGAGUGACGAGCGCACAAGAGGACUUCGAUGUUCGGUGGACAGCCAAUUCUAUGUAUUCAGCGAGCAUUGAUACUACGAUGACCGUGAUUCGUCAUUUCCUGCUCCUCAUGCAGCUGCAUCCGGAAGUCGCUUUCAAGGCGAGGAAGGAGAUUGACUCCGUUGUCGGCACAGGCCGUCUACCCACCCUGAGCGACCGGCCGUCACUCCCCUACGUCAACGCCGUCAUGAGCGAGUGCCUUCGCUGGGGCGCCCCCGUGCCUCUUGGACUGCCACAUCGCCUCAUGGAAGACGACGUGUACAACGGCAUGGUGAUCCCCUGCGGGACCCUCGUGUUCGCGAACGUCUGGAACAUGACCCGGAACCCAGACGUGUUCCCAGAUCCCGAGUCCUUCAACCCCGAGCGCUAUAUGGAGGAAAUGGACGCCGCGACUGCGACCGCGCGCGACCCGCGCAACUUCGUCUUCGGCUUCGGCAGGAGGCGGUGUCCGGGCUCACACCUUAUCGACUCCUCUUUCUGGAUCGUCCUCGCGUCCAUGCUCGCCACCUUCGACAUCGCCAAGGAAGCAGACCCCUCCACCGGGCAACCGCUCGAGCCGGUUAUCGUCUUCGAGAACGCCGUCUUCAGAGCGCCCGAACCAUUCCCGUGCUCGAUCAAGCCGCGGUCGAGCGAGGCGGCGCGGCUUAUCGUCAACUCGGAGUCGCUGAACGCAUAA